CAAAGCUUCGCCACCACCGCACUCGCAAAUCUUCCCGCGCCCUCCGAACAUGAGCAGCAGCAUCCUCGACCACUCGAUCGUUGGCCUCGGCAACCCCUUGCUCGACAUCAGCGCGUCCGUGUCGGACGAGUUCUUGGCCAAGUACAAGCUCAAGAUGGACAACGCGAUCUUGGCCGAGGACGAACACUUGCCCAUGUACGACGAAAUCACCAAGGAGUUUCAAGCCGAAUUCAUUGCCGGCGGUGCGACCCAAAACUCGAUUCGUGUCGCUCAGUGGAUGCUCAAGAACCACAGCUCCAAGGCUACGUCGUUCUUUGGCUGCGUCGGCAAGGACGCGUUUGGAAAGGUCCUGCGCGACUGCGCCGAAAAGGACGGCGUGAACGUACACUACAUGGAACACGACGAAGUGUCCACCGGCACGUGCGCCGUGUGCUUGAACAAGGAAGGCGAACGCUCGCUCGUCGCCAACUUGUCGGCCGCCAACAAGUUUGAACUCGCCCAUUUAGAAGACGACCGCUCCAAGGACAUCAUCUCCAAGGCCAAGUUCUUCUACUCGGCGGGCUUUCACUUGACCGUGUGCCCGGACGCCAUCAUGAAGCUGGCCGAGCACGCAUCGUACUCAAACAAGGUGUUCCUCCUCAACUUGUCGGCGCCCUUCAUCACGCAAUUCUUCAAAGAUCCGUUGAUGGCCGCCAUGCACCACGCCGACUUUGUCUUCGGGAACGAAGCCGAAGCGACGGAAUUCGGUAAGGCCCACGACUGGGGCGAUGACCUCGCUCAUGUGGCCCUCCGUGUGGCUCAAUUGCCCAAGGCGUCCGGCGCUCGUUGCCGCACCGUCGUGUUCACCCAAGGUGCUAAGCCGACCAUCCUCGUCCACAACGGCGAGCUCAAGCUCAUCGACGUGCCUGUGUUGGACCAAAGCGAAAUUGUCGACACGAACGGUGCCGGGGACGCCUUUGUCGGUGGGUUCAUCUCCCAAUUGGCACGUGAAAAGCCCAUCCAAAAGUGUGUUGAAGCCGGCCACUGGGCCGCCCAAGUCGUGAUCCGCCGAUCGGGAUGCACUCUUCCCGAAACGUGCGAGUACACCGACUAAAGCCUUGUAAUCUGUGUUUAAGCAUGUACGACAUGUUCCAUGAUCGCUGCUGUCUUCACCGCGAGGUGC